AUGAGAACAACAAAGAAAUCCUAUAGCAGUCUUAUAGGAACAAAAAAGAAAUCCUAUAGUGAUCUUAUAGGAACAACAAAGAAAUCCUAUAGCAGUCUUAUAGGAACAACAAAGAAAUCCUAUAGUGGUCUUAUAGGAACAACAAAGAAAUCCUAUAGCAGUCUUAUAGGAACAAAAAAGAAAUCCUAUAGUGGUCUUAUAGGAACAAAAAAGAAAUCCUAUAGCAGUCUUAUAGGAACAAAAAAGAAAUCCUAUAGCAGUCUUAUAGGAACAAAAAAGAAAUCCUAUAGUAUUAUAGGAACAAAAAAGAAAUCCUAUAGUGGUCUUAUAGGAACAAAAAAGAAAUCCUAUAGUAUUAUAGGAACAACAAAGAAAUCCUAUAGUGGUCUUAUAGGAACAAUAAAGAAAUCCUAUAGUGAUCUUAUAGGAACAACAAAGAAAUCCUAUAGCAGUUUUAUGAGAACAACAAAGAAAUCCUAUAGCAGUCUUAUAGGAACAAAAAAAUCCUAUAGUGGUCUUAUAGGAACAACAAAGAAAUCCUAUAGUGGUCUUAUAGGAACAAAAAAGAAAUCCUAUAGUAUUAUAGGAACAACAAAGAAAUCCUAUAGUGGUCUUAUAGGAACAAAAAAGAAAUCCUAUAGUGAUCUUAUAGGAACAACAAAGAAAUCCUAUAGCAGUUUUAUGAGAACAACAAAGAAAUCCUAUAGCAGUCUUAUAGGAACAAAAAAGAAAUCCUAUAGUGGUCUUAUAGGAACAACAAAGAAAUCCUAUAGCAGUCUUAUAGGAACAACAAAGAAAUCCUAUAGUAUUAUAGGAACAACAAAGAAAUCCUAUAGUGGUCUUAUAGGAACAAAAAAGAAAUCCUAUAGUAUUAUAGGAACAACAAAGAAAUCCUAUAGUGGUCUUAUAGGAACAAAAAAGAAAUCCUAUAGUGAUCUUAUAGGAACAACAAAGAAAUCCUAUAGCAGUUUUAUGAGAACAACAAAGAAAUUUUAUAGCAGUCUUAUAGGAACAAAAAAGAAAUCCUUUAGUGGUCUUAUAGGAACAAAAAAGAAAUCCUAUAGUGGUCUUAUAGGAACAACAAAGAAAUCCCAUAGUAGUCUUAUAGGAACAACAAAGAAAUCCUAUAGCAGUUUUAUGAGAACAACAAAGAAAUCCUAUAGCAGUCUUAUAGGAACAAAAAAGAAAUCCUAUAGUAGUCUUAUAGGAACAACAAAGAAAUCCUAUAGUGAUCUUAUAGGAACAACAAAGAAAUCCUAUAGCAGUUUUAUGAGAACAACAAAGAAAUCCUAUAGCAGUCUUAUAUGA